UUUUCAGAUAUGCGAGGUUCACCAUCCCCAAUUCCACAGGACAUCAAAGACAGUGAGAAAUCGUCUGCUGCAUCAAUCAAACGAUCAAGCUCUGUACCAAAUGCCGAGAAGCAUCAAUGGAAACAAAUAACCCAGCGUGUUCUGCCGUACCAAAAAUCAAAACCAACGGAUUUCAAGAAGCAUGGAAAAAAGACUGCUCGAAAUAAACAAUUUCCUGAAAAUAUGCCAAUUAAGGAAGAACCAUUGGAUUCGUUCCCAUCCAUACGUUGUCAACUGUUUCCCGAUGAUUCAGUUAUAUUGGAGGAUUACACAGAAGUUCUGAACAGGGUAUCAAAUGCAAUCGAAGGAUCCGAAGAGAAAAAAGAUGAAAUUGGAAUAUUUUGUUUGGAUCGAAUUAUUUAUGACAAUGGCGAUUCGAAUGAUUUACAGGAGACUAACGAAGAGACUGCGAUGGAAUUCACUUGCCCAUUUCAUAAGCACUAUUUUAAUUCUGAUUUGAACGCUUAAGUAGAUUUUUUUAGCGAUCGUACAUUUACUAAGUAGUUAGAUGAAACCGAAUUAGCUAUAUUAUUUCUUCAUUUAUUGUACAACGAAAUCUCUUAACCACUGAAAAAAUUCAUACCUUUUUUUAUAUCAUAAAUUCUAAGUCUCAUUGUAAUUCUACUUGAAAUUGUUAUAAUUACUUUCUUGUGUUGCUUUAUUUCAUUAACAUAAUAAAUCUAAUUUUUCAAAAU